CUCGUUCGCAAGGUUCUGGGUGUGGCUCCAACGCUACGCUCGCAACCCCAAUGACGUCGCUGCAACCCACUGUCGACGAAGCGCACCGCUUCAUCCCCGAGUACCGCGGCGAGUGCCCGCAGGCGGGGCGGUAUUUCGACUCGCAGGCCGCCAUCUCGAACGGCAUACACGCUCUCUGGGACCGGCUCUUUGGCAAAGAGGCGGUCGCGGCGCUGGACGACCACCCACGCGAGGCGGCCUACUUUGCGACCUGCUCGCUCGCGAUGGUGGUCGCGCUCUACGCCUCGCGCUCGGUCCUAAACGCGGUGUGGCCCGACUUUGCGAAAAUCACGCCGCGCCACAAGCAGAUGUACGUUCUGAUGAACCUGAUGAAGUCGCUGCUGCUCGGCGCUCAGGCAACCUCCUUCUCGUGGCUCUGGUACUCGUCCAAGGAGUACGGCUGCACGCUCAACCCGCUCGGCUUCAACUUGAGCUGCAACUGGAGCGUCGACGCCGGCCACCACGCAUACCUCAAGCAGAUCUCGCUGCUGUACGCCGCGGUCGACAUCGUCGCGCUGGCUGUCGUGCACAAGCUGCCGCUCACGACCAAGAUCCACCACUGGGCGGUCACGGCGUGGCUGCUCUGGGUGAUGACCAUCGACUUUGGCGAGUCGCCCAUCGCGCAGAAGCUCAUGUUUUACGGCUUUUGGUCCACGCUCGCCUUCCCCGUCAACGGCUUCCUCGGCCUGCGCGUCACAUCGCCCGGCUCGUGGUGGAUGCGACCCCUCUCCCGCGGCUGCUUCGUCCUCUACGCGGGCUGCUGCUUUUGCAACU